UUACUUUUGAUUUAAUUAAAGACGUGUGUUGACUAAAAGCCCUAUAUUGGGUUUGAGAAGAAAGGUAUUUUUUUUACAGUCUUUCAUGUUUUAUUUUUAAAACAAAUUAUUAUAAAAGUAGAGUUUCAGUUACUGUUAAAACUGAACUUUGCUUUACAAUUAAAGGAUUUAUAAAAAAAAAUAGAUUUUUUUUUAAACAUAAUACCUGAAACCUGCUAAAAUAAUGGCUACUCAAACUGCAACUACUAAUGCUACUGCUGCUCCAGUCCUAAGAAAAGGUGUCGUUAAAUUUAUUGUUUCGGGGGACACUAUCAUUAUAAGAGGGCAACCAAAAUCUGGACCACCACCAGAAAAACAAGUUACUUUAUCAUUUGUAACUGCCCCGAAACUUGCAAAAAACCGUGCUGGCGGAGAAGAAACAAAGGACGAACCUUGGGCAUGGGAAGCGAGAGAGUUUUUACGUGAAAAAUUAAUUGGAAAAGAUGUUACAUUUACAUGCGAAAAAAUUGCAAAUAGCGCGCGUGAGUACGGUAAUGUGUUCUUGGGUGAAGAAAAUAUCACUGAAUCAAUCGUCAAAGCUGGUCUUGUUAGCGUUCGACGCGAUGUUCCAAAAACUGCACCGGAAUAUUUGCGUUUGCAAGAAUUAGAAGAAGAAGCUAAAGCUGCUAAUCGUGGGAUGUAUAGUAACAGUCCAGCUUCUGACCAUGUUCGUAAUAUCAAAUGGACACAAGAAAACCAUAGCCAAAUUGUUGAAAGUUUCAACAAAAAACCUAUAAAAGCUAUAAUAGAACAUGUUAAAGAUGGCUCAACCAUUCGUGCCUUUUUAAUACUACCUGAUUCUACUUAUUAUUUUAUAACUUUGAUGAUAUCAGGCAUUCGCUCACCCGGACCAAAAUAUGAUGCAAGUGGUAAACCAGAAGCAGUUGAAUACUUUGAGGAAGCACGUUAUUUUGUUGAAUCAAGAUUAUUACAUCGCGAUGUAGAGAUUAUAUUAGAAUCAAACACAAACACUAAUUUUGUUGGAUCUAUUUUGUUCCCAAAAGGAAACAUUGCUGAAGCUUUGUUAAGGGAAGGUUUGGCAAAAUGCUUUGAUAGGAGUAUGCAAUUUUCGAAUUCUGGUGCCGAUAAAUUAAGAUCUGCUGAAAAACAGGCAAAAGAUAAACGUUUACGAUUAUGGACAAACUAUCAAUCGAACAACCAAAUACAGCAUGAGAAAGAUAAAGAUUUUCAAGGAACUGUUAUUGAAGUUUUUUACGGCGAUGCAAUUUCUGUAAAGAGUGCAGCUGGUCAAGUUAAAAAAGUUUAUCUUUCAAGUAUAAGACCACCUAGGGAACAAGGGAAACCUGUUGAGGAUGGGGAAGUAAAAAAAACUCAAAGAAACAAAAAUUUCCGUCCCCUCUAUGAUAUUCCUUGGAUGUUUGAAGCUCGAGAGUUCCUUCGAAAAAAAUUAAUCGGCAAAAAAGUCAACUGCACUUUAGAUUAUAUCUCACCAGCAAGAGAUAAUUUCCCUGAAAAGUACUGUUACACUGUUACAUUAGGGGGCCAAAACAUUGCUGAAACUAUGGUUAGUAAGGGUUUGGCAACAGUGGUUAAAUAUCGAGCAGAUGACGAUCAACGUUCUUCCAAAUAUGAUGAUCUGAAAGCGGCUGAAGAUAAAGCACAAAAAGCGCAAUGCGGAUUGCAUGCUAAAAAAGACAUUCCAAUUCAUCGGAUAAACGAUUUAACUGCCGAUCAUUCACGUAUUAAACAUCAAUAUCUUCCAUCAUGGCAACGUGCUCUUCGUACUGAAGCAAGUGUAGAAUUUAUUGCAAGUGGUUCACGUAUCCGUUUAUACAUACCUAAAGACAGUUGUUUAGUGACUUUUUGCUUAGCGGGUAUAUCUUGCCGUCGAUCAUCACGUCCUGCAAUGAACGGUGUACCAGCACAAGAAGGGGAACCUUACGGGGAUAAAGCUUUAGAGUUUACAAAAGAUAAAAUAUUACAACGGGAUGUUAGCGUUCAUAUUGAUACGACUGAUAAAGCUAGCACUUGUGUUAUUGGCUGGCUUUGGAUUGAUCAACUCAAUUUAUCGGUGGCUUUAGUUGAAGAAGGCUUAGCAGAAGUACAUUUUAGUGCUGAAAAGUCUGAGCAUUAUCGUGCAUUAAAACAAGCAGAAGAUCGUGCAAAAGCAGCCAAAAAAAAUAUUUGGGCUGAUUAUGUUGAAGUGACGGAAGAAAAGAACAAGGAAGAGCCUGAAGAUACGGUUGUGGAGAGAAAAAUUGAUCGCGAAUCUGUAAUUAUAACAGAAGUUACACCCGAAAUUCAUUUCUAUGCUCAAAAUACACGGGACGGCUCCAAACUUGAAAAUCUAAUGAGCAAAUUAAGACAAGAAUUUCAAACAAAUCCUCCAAUGUCCGGUACUUUUACGCCAAAGCGAAAUGAUAUUUGCGCAGCCAAAUUUAGUGACGACAACGAGUGGUAUCGCGCUAAAAUUGAAAAACUCCAAAGUGGUCAAGCCUUAAUCCGUUACAUUGAUUAUGGCAAUAAAGAAAAUGUGCCUUUGGCUCGCCUUGCAUCACUACCCUCUACGUUAAAUAACGAUAAACCCUAUGCAACUGAAUAUGCACUUGCAUUAGUAGCACUCCCACCAGAAGCCGAAGAUAAAGAAGAAGCGUAUCGUGUAUUCGCCCAAGAUGUGCUUAAUCAAAAACUAAUGCUCAACGUUGAAUUUAUUUCGUCCGGCGUUUCAUACGCUACUUUGGAAAACGCCCAAAAAGUUGACAUUGGCAAAGAGCUAAUAAAAGACGGUUAUUUGAUGGUCGAUAAACGUCGGGAAAGAAAAAUUCAAGAUUUACUCAGCGAAUACAAAGAAGCUGAAACAGUAGCAAAAAAGGCUCAUAAAGGAAUUUGGGAAUACGGAGACAUUACUCAAGACGAUCCUGUUGAUCUUUAAGAACAAAACAAUAAAUAAAGUAACUUGACUCAUACGUUUUACUUUUAUUUUCUGUUUUGUUUUUCUUUUUUUUUUUUCAAAUUGUAAAAAAAAAAAAUAUUAAAAAAAAUUAAAUAUAAAUAAAAGGCGUAUAGUAAUUUUUGUUUAAAAUAA